AUGACAGCGGCUUUGCGAGUCAAUGUGCUCUGGAAGUACAUCUUCUCCGAGCCGGCGCGCUGGCUCACCGGCAAGGCCGGCGAGCUCGGCUGGGGGCUCGAUGACUCGAGCGAGCUGCUCGACGCCAUCUACGACAUUAUGCAGGCCGUCGCCGCGGACGGCCGCCGGCUGCUCGACCCGGCCUACGACCCCUUCGCCUCCUUCGCGGCCAAGUACCCGGAGUUCGCGGCGUGGCGCGCGGCGCACGCGAAGGAGGAGCUCAAGGCGGCGGACGGCACGUCCUACCCGAUCCACGCGAUGGUGCUGGCAGAGGCGCGCGAGCCGACGCGCGCGGGCAACAUCCAAUGCGAGGCACGCGUCAUCACGCUCGCCGAGGAGAUGGCCGAGGCGGCGCUGUUCGCGAUGCGCGACCCGCGGCGCUCGAUCUCGAGCAUGCUGGUGUCGCAGGGGGGCAAGUUCGCCGUCGGCGCUGAUCCGGGCCGCAACGCUGCGACGGCCGGCGCGCACGCGACCAACGACCGCGUCGAGUCGAACUUCGGCUGCCUCGACAUCCUCAUGCGGAUGCCUAAGCCGGAGGCGCAGCAGCUCGAGUACCUGCGCUACCAGAUUGAGAUGCGCGUGCUCGGCCUCGGCUGGAGCGAGUACGCGACUCGCUGGUCGUCCGCGGCCGACUCUAGGAUCGGCACCGUCGCGCACCUGACCAAGCUGCUCGAGGAGCUCAUCAAGGGGGAGACGGCGCGCAAGCGCUUUCCUGCGGACAGCGUAUCGGGGCUGCCGACGGAGGCGGCGCCCCCGCAGCUGGCAGCGGGCGGCUCGACGCAGCUUGGCACUCUCGACGCCGACGCGGUGGAGGUGCGGUCUACGACACGAUUCAACUCGGACGAGCUAAAGCGGAAGGCCGAGGCAGAGGUGGAGCGGCGCAUUGCGGCGGGCAUCUCCGAUGAUACGGAGUGGAGGCAGCCGGAGAAGGCUCCCGCCUUCGACUCGGCGCUUGUCGGCAAGCGGCUCGAGGUACUCUGGAAGUACGCCGACAAGGACACGAACCAGCCGCACAUGAUCUGGUCGACGGGGCGCGUCGAGGUCGAGGUCUUGCCGGCCGGCGCUGUGCUCUGGGCUUGGGACGCGGACCCGGAGUUCGACGAGGCAGCGGGCGAGCAAUGGCUGUUCCUGCUGCCAAAGAAGUGGAACCCGAAGACGCACAAGCAGGUGUACAGCUGGCGGUAUGACCCUCGCGAGCUCGGCGCCGUGGAGGCGCCCACGGCCGACCCUCGGCGCCGCCAGUGCCGCCGGGACACGGAGCAGUGA